GCCCGGGCGGGCGGGUACCGGCCCCGGCGUGUGUCACAUGGCUGAAUCCGGGUGACGAGGGUUCACCUCGCGGGUGAAACACAACCGAUCCUAGAUGAAUGUGGAAGCUGGAUCGUGGAGGAAGAGGAAGAGAAACCCGGAGACACCGUGUGACUGAGGGACCGCUGCCCGCAGGAGGCGCUCACUUCUCCGCCAGGUUCUCCCCGAACACGACGCUUGUUAACGGGACUUUUUGAUGUUGUUGUUGUUGUUGUUGACAGGAAAGUUUAGAAUAAGUUUUUAACAUGUUGCAGCUUCAGGAUCCGUGAAGUUAUCACGUUUCUAACUGCCCGGUUGUUGUGUCCGGUCCGAUCCGCUGAAGGCCGGGGGACACCGGGACGCGCACCCCGAGCCAGCCCUCCUGUUUCUCGGCUGUGAUCCUCCAUGGGUCGACCCUCCUCCUCCUCCACCUCCUCCGGCCCGUGUGAAAGAUGAUCGGGUCACCGGACCUCCUGGCGUUCACCAGCUCCGAGGGCUUCGGGGAAGGGGACGAGGACCAGGGGUUUGGGGGGCCGCCGGAGGAUCUCUCCGUCCCGCUGCUGCCUCCCUCACACCCCUGGAGCUCCGCCGCUCUCUUCCAACGGGACUUCAUCCUGGUGGCGGAGUUCUCCGAGCAGGUGGGUCCGAAGCCCGUGCUGACGAUACCGGACGACCCCAGAGUCAUCGGCUCCUUCGACCUCAACCACUUCUCCGUCCGCAUCAUGUCCGUGGACUACCAGGCGUCCGGCCCCGUCCACGCCUCCCACGCCUCCCCCGGCCCCCGCCUCAACUUCAGCGAGGACUCCGAGGUGAUCCUGGGAGACUCGGCCGAGGACGCCUUUGCGUACGUGCACCACCUGACCCUGUACGACCUGGAGGCCCGGGGCAUGGUGCGGCCCUUCUGCAUGGCCUACGUGUGCUCCGACCUGGACAAGCUGAUGGAGAACUUCGCCGAACUGUCCUCGUGCUUCUCCCGGGCGUCGGACAGCCUUAAGACGGGGAACAGGCAGGCGUUCUCCAUGGAGCUGCAGAGGAAACUACAGGAGCUCGAGUACGUGAGGCUGACGCUGCUUCAGGAAACCAAACACCUGUCGACUGUCAACGGCUUCACAGGAGACGCAGGACAAGCCGCUGAUCUAGAAUCUGUGGAGCGUUCAAUCUCAACCCACAGAGACCUCCUCCGCCAGGUCACCUCCUACCCAAACAGGAAGCUCAAGAAACCUGACUUCCUGCCCUACGACCCCGCCGACUCCCUCACUGAUCCCACUGCCCUGCCGCCCACUGAGCGGAGCCCCCCCACGGCCACCCGCCCCCCCUGCAGGUCGGAGCAGGAACUGAAGCCCCUGCAGGAGCUCUGCAACGACUACUUCCUGUCGCUGACGAAGGAGCAGCUGGCGGACACGGAGCGCCGCCUCCGGGGCGACAGGAGCGUCCUGCGAACCGUCCGGGUCUCGCGUUCCCUGUCCAGGAAGCUCGCGCUCACCAACUUCCUGUUUGACUCCUGGAGCACCGAGAACGAAGAGGAGGAGGAGGAGGAGGUGGAGGAGCUGCCGAGGGCGAGUCAGAGCGGCGCCAGGGCGACCGGCUCUGAACCCAUGAGCCUGGACUCUUUCUACUCCUGCGUGGAGGAGAUCCCCAUCAAGCUGGAGGCCGGAGGGACGCUGACCUCUGACCCCGGCGUUGUGACAGAGAUGGCAGGAAGCGUGAGCAGCAGCGACAGCAUCGAGGUGCUCGGCACCGAGAAGUCGUACCGGACGCAGCACGACGUGGAUGGAGCCGACAGCAGAGCAGAAACCGUGGUCAUGCUGAUGGACCCCCCCCUCAGGCGAGUCCCGGUCGACACCGGCGCCAGACGCGUGCGGGCGUACGCCAGACGGGCCAACAGCGAGGACAGCAUCGAGGUCCUGAGCACCACCGAGUCCAUCUUCCCCGACGACCUCACCGCCAUCACAGAGGAGGAGGCGGAGCAGCAGCCUCUGAGCAACGGCUUCGAGGACGAGGAGGAGGAGGAGGAGGAGACGCUGACAGAGCGCAGGCCUGAGGAGAAGAUCCUGAAUGUGGCCGGUGAAGGACGUGGACAUGGAAACGAUCAGUUUGCUCGGAGAGAGGAAGGUGAUGAAGAUGAAGACGAGCCUCUAAAGGAAUUAACUGUCGGUGAUGGCGUGGAGGUCAAAGAGGAGCCAGUCGAGAGCUGGAAGAAGAAUCAAGAGCACGAAGACGAGAGAACUGAGAAAACAUCCAAUGAGCUGCAAGUCCAUGAAGCAGUGGAGCCGAUGUCCAACUCGUCCAAAGUCCAUCAGAUGGUCCAGUGGAUGGACCUCCUUGUGAACCAUGCCCCCCCCGUGGCCCCGGCGGAGGCUGACCACUGGUCCCCCCCCCGCGCUCCCCUCCGGGUGCCGAGCAUCGACGAAGCGUCAGACUGCACCAGCUUCACGGGCUCCUCGGACCCCCCCUCCCCCACUCAGCAUAUCCACAUCCACCCCCGCUCAGACAGGAGGAGGAGGAAGGCCGGUCUCCGAGCCCUGAGGUUCGUGAAGCACUACUCCUUCUCCCAUCACGCCGUGUUCUGCCUCUUGAGCGGCCGGCCGCUGGUUGUCCUCGGGGGGGACGAGGGCCUGGUGAGGAAGCUGGUGGACGCUCUGAGUCUCUUCCUGCCGGCGCCUGACAGGAACGCCGUGACGCCGUGUCUGACCACGCCCCUUCAACUGACCGACCUGCUCACCUGGAGACUGAUCGGGAUACACAGAUCCCCCUCCAGCUCCUCGUCCAGCAUCAUCCACUCCCUGAGCCGCUACAGUCGUUACCUGGCUCUGCUGGACCUGGACCAGAGGACGCUGCGCUGUCCGUCCUACUCCGGCUCCCUCAUCAGCAGAAUGACCGAUCCUCACAGUGGCAUCAGCCGCGGCGUCACCUACCUGCUGCACCUGGAGAGCUGCCUGGCGGCGCUGGUGAAGCAGGCUCUGCUGCACACGUUCCGUCCUGCCUCACGCCGUCUCUCCACUGAAGGACCGUGCAGCAGUGAACAGGAUGUGAGAGUGAUGAACUUCCUGUCCGAGCUCAUCAAGCAGCGCCACGCGGGACGUGGACCCCCGGUCUUAAGAUUCUCUUACAGCGCGGUGCAGCUUCACAGGAACACGUACACAACAUGAAAUCCACCGACUGGAGAACCCCCGAAACUAAACGCACUGAUUUCUGUGUAAUUUGAUCCGAUGCUGAAGGUUUCACAUCCUCUGACACUGUGAAGAGGUGAAGACAAAACAAUCACACACAACGUUUGCAUGUUGGUGUGUUUACAUGCUUCCUGCUCCAUCAUGUAUCUGUUUACUGUACAUUAGUGCACUAGUGUCUCUCAGGCACAGAAACCUUUCACCCGCUGGCAGCCGCCACAUCUCCAGCACCCGAAGGUUUUAUGUUUUAUUGAAGUGUGUUUUUAAAAUGUAGGUUUAACAUGUGAACUGACAAUUGAGCCACGUAUAUGUGCACUGUGCAACUUUUAAACCAGGACCGAUCUGAAGGCAGAUUCCCACGGAGGCCGGUAGAUGAUGGAUAUUCAGUAUUGAAACGGUGGAGCUGCAGUUUGAUAUGAACUGAAGCUUUGACUUUGAUUCUGUUUAUAAAGAUGGACGACUCAUCUGCACUUCCUCUCGCUCUCCAGAAGGGUUAGGGUCAAUCAUGAUGACACAAACCCUCUUCGAGAAAAAAAAAGAUAUUUAAUGUUUAAUGUUUGACUUUUCAGUUUGUUUAUACUGCAGCUAUCCACUAGGGGGCAAUCAUGAACCCAGGCUUUAUUUUUGUCUUUUCGAGUUGUCCAUCUUUAAAUACAGUUUAUGGUUCAACUCUACCUGUUGGUAAAGAAGUUUAAAUUACAUUUUUACAGUUUAAUUUCAAUAAUUGGCAGUGGUGGAAGAAAUACUCAGAAAAAGUAUCAGAGCAAUAUAAAGUACUCUAAUAACAAAUACGGUAAAUUAAAUGUUCUCUUAUUUCUGAAAUAUUCAGGUCCUCAGUUAAUCAAUGUGCAGUUUGGUGAAUUUUACUUUUAAUAGUUGAGGUUUGAGAGAUAAUUCCAUGUUAUGAUACUUAAUAUUAAUCCUCCACCACGUGCAGGGAAAUACAUUUAUGUUGAAAGCUUUAGUUAAUUCUCAGAUCAUUUACAUUUCUACACUUUUAAUGCAGUAAAAUAAAUCUGAAAACUUCCACCACUUGUCCUUUAACGUGUUUUUAUAUAUUCCCUGAAAAUAUAUCACAUCAUUUUUUACACUGGAAUUUCAAAAUGUUAAACAAUAACCCAGAGACAGAAUUCGUCUUCUCUUUCGACUCGUGUGAUUCAUAAAGGUGUUCUCUUUUUUUUUAUUUACAGUUACAUAAAUGUCUCAAUAAAAUAGUGAAUAUCUAAAAGUAUUUCCAGGAAGUAAACAUAAUUCAGUUCAAAUAGAACAAAAUCCCACAGAGCAGAAUUCAACUUUUUUGAUCCUGCUCAGAUCAGACUGGAAAGUAGAUUAUUAAAGAAUAAGGUAGAAUAUAGUGUCUCUGAGGUGUUAAUAAUGUAAUUUACAGUGAAGAUAUUGUUCUCUUCAUUAUGCCGACACUACCUGGUCUUUACAGGUUUAUUCUGUGUGAUGUGUAAAUCUCUCAGUGCUCGACUCUGUGGCGAUUCCACGAUGUUGAGGCGUAGUGAUGUGCAAUCAGGACAAUCUGCGAAGACAAAGCAAAUAGGUAUGUUAUAAUAUAUUGAUGUGAGAGGAUUCACACUGAAGAGGGAAUAAUAUAUUGACACAUCCACUCAGAGAGUAUUUUGAAACCCUGAAUCAAAACUAGUGCUGAAUGAUUAACUGACUAAUUGAUUGUAUUUAUUAAAGAACUGAUGUUUCUGAUGCAGUUAUUGAACCUGAUUGAUUGUAUCUGCACCGACACCAAUUAAAAACAGAUUAGACACAAA